AUGCCCCGAGUAGGACUCUCUCCCACAAACUGUCAGGUCUUGGAAGCUAUUACAACAAAAGGAUGCCAAGAGAACUUCAAUUUGGAAUCCUUAGAGACUCUUGGAGAUUCAUUUCUUAAGUAUGCUACAAGUCAGCAGCUUUUCAAAACCUAUCAAAAUAAUGCUGAAGGCCUUCUUAGUGGACAGAGGGAAAAAAUAGUUUCUAAUCCUGGCCUCUGCAAGCUCGGAUGUGACCGAAAACUCCCGAUAACAGGAUUUAUUCGUAAUGAGUGUUUUGAUCCAAAAAAGUGGACUAUACCUGGAGAUUAUUCUGGAACUUCUUUCUUAAGUGAGGACUUGCCUUCUAAUGAAAGAAACAUCUACAUUAAAGGAAGAAGGAAGGUAAAAGAUGAAACGGUUGCUGAUGUAGUUGAGGCACUAAUUGGUGCAUUAAGAGGUGGUGAAAUAGCUGUCAUAUAUUUCAUGAAUUGGGUUGGUAUAAAGGUGGAUUUAGUCCAUAUACCAUAUGAGAGGCACUUCCAAGUGCAGCCAGAGAAGCUCAUUGAUGUCAGACAUUUAGAAUCCCUGCUUAACAACUAUUCCUUCUGUCAUCCUCAUCUUCUACUGGAAGCACUAACCCAUAGAUCUUGCAUGCUUCCUAAGAUUCCAGGAUGUUAUGAGCGGCUAGAAUUUCUGGGCGAUGCAGUGUUGGAUUAUGUGAUCACUUUUUAUUUGUACAAUAAGUAUCGUGCUAUUUCGUCACCUGGAUUUGUAACUGAUAUGAGGUCUGCUUCUGUGAACAAUGAUUGUUAUGCACUAUCUGCUGUGAAAGCUGGAUUGCACAAACAUAUUCUUGCUUCGGACAAUGCCGACAACGAUAUUGCCAAUACUGUUAACAAUUUUGGGAGGUUAUCUAUUGAAUCAACUUUUGGAUGGGAAAUCGAGACAUACUUCUCCGAGGUACUUGCAGAUAUUAUUGAAUCUAUAGCAGGAGCAAUUUUUGUUGAUUCUGAAUAUGAUAAGGAUAUCGUCUUUCAAAGUAUAUGCCCUCUCUUAGAGCCCUUGGUUACUCCAGAAACAAUGCCACUCAAUCACGUAAGAGAGUUCAAGGACUAUUGCAGAAAAAUGCAGUAUAUUAUGAAGAGACCAGUCAUCUCCACCCAAAAUGGUGUUGUUACCAGGACAAUAGAGGUUGAAGCUAAGGGGGUCGUCCUAUACAAAUAUACAUCAACAGUUUCUAAUAACAAAACAGCAGAAAUAGUAGCUUGCAAUUUUUUUUUGAGGUCGUUGAAGGAAACUAAUCUAGAAUGAAAUAAGUUUGAAGAUGU